AUGGACUCCCUCCCACUUGAAAUCCUCCUCGAAGUCGGGAAAUCGGUCCCGCCCCGCCAGCGCCCGCGUCUUCUCCGCGUCUGCCGCGCCUGGACCACCCUCUUCACCCCCCUAGUCUACUCAUCGCUGGACCUGACAGGCUCGCAAAUCGCGCCGCUGGUCCAGUCCAUCAAAGACAAGCCCAGUCUAGCGCCGCGCAUCAAACAUCUCACCAUGAGCGCCCUAGGCUCGAGCGCAGAGCUCAAAGGCCGCGCCAUCGAGAAAUCCACCUGGCAAGUGCCCUUCAUCAAAACUCUCAUGGCUGACCGGCGGGAGCCCGAGCUCGCCCGGAUGUGGCGCAACGGGCUGGCCGAACUAAACGGCGACUUCUGGGCCGCUGUUUUGCUCUUCUUCCUGCACGGUUUGGAGACCCUGCGCAUCGAGCCUGUUCGGGGCUCGUGGACGCGGAACGUUAUCAUGCUUGCGUUUAUGCAUCGUCCGCCAUUCGCUUCGGCUGAUCGUCCUGGUCCGAGGAACCUGAAGAAGUUGGAGUUUCUGCAGGGUCCCACGAACGAGCUGCUCGUCUUGGAACAGGACCUCUUCGGGUUCUUGAGAUUGCCGAAUCUAAAGAGCGUGCAUGUUCGCGGCGCCAUUACGCCCCGGUCCGUUGAGCCCAUCACCCCGCCCAAACCGAACGGCGUCGAGAGCAUCACGCUGGAAGCGAAAUGGACGGGAGCGCCCUUCGCAAUGCCGCACCAUAUCAAGGUCUGCACGAAACUGAAGAGCUUCUCGUUCACGAAUACGCUCGCGAACGAGGAGGAUGGGCCGCGUGAUUGCAUGCUGCGCGAGCAUUUCUUCAAGCCGCUGGCCGAGAGCCAAAAGGAGAACCUCGAGCUUCUUGAUCUGAAUUACCGCGGCAUAGCGUACGACGAUAUCUUCGAUCCGGCGGAGGACCGCGGCGAGAUGCACGAUUCGGAGCCGUAUGAUCGGUUCAUGGGCUCGUUUAGGGAUUUCAAGAACCUGAAAGACCUGGCUGUUCGCGCGCCCAACCUGUGCGAUAUCCGAUUUACGACAAUGGAUGACGCCAAGCUGCUCACGCCGCUUGUUGAUGUUCUUCCUAGGAGCAUUGAGAAUCUGUCCAUUUCGUUUACGGUCUCAAUUCAGCUUGAUCCCGUCUUCACGGGUCUGAGCCAGCUCCUCGCAGCACGGGAUCAGUUCCCAUCCCUGAAAAGCGUGACGGUAGCGUACCAGUCCGUCGAUGGCAGGAUCAUGAUGUACGCCCGGCAUUCCGAACGGACGAUACAGCUGGAAAGUGAGGUUUAUGGCUUUGGCUAUGCUGAUCACGAUGGCGAUGACCCCGACGACCACUUCAACAACCCGCAUUUCUUGUAUACGCUUGCCGGACAGGAGUGGGCUGCCGAGAUGGCUGCGGCUGAGGCUGAGGCACGGAGACGGGCUGGGGGUGGUUCAAGGGCGAAUGCACCGGGCGCUGGGGUAUCGCCUGCUUCUUUUGCAAGCGCCGAUGACCCUGGUGAUUGGGAUGAUCAUGACGAGUGUACUGGGCUGUGGACUAAUCCAACGGUGGUCUUCUUGUUUGCCACGAAUCAAUUUUCACAACACCACGCGACCUUCACAUCUGCCUAUCCGCGUCCUUCAUCUCAAAUCGUAAUGCAUCUCCCCAGAGAAAUCAUCCGCCUAAUCGGCGAAGCACUCGAACCCAAUGAGCGACCGAAACUUCUCCUUGUCUGUCGCCGCUGGCGAUCGACACUGUCGAAAUUGGUGUACUCCGCGGUUGAACUGCAAGGGUGCCAGAUCCCGUUUUUCGUGCACAGCAUUGAGGACAGACCAAAAGCUUUCUCGCGCGUCAAAGAAUUGACACUGCCCAAUCGGGCAUCGGUGCCAACAGCAAUGAAAUGGAGGACGCCAGAAGACCCUACUUGGAUUGACCGGCAGAUGGCGCGCUUCGCAGACUCGAUGGAUCAAAGCACCAUCGAAGAAUGGCGCGAGGAUCUCCUCAGAAAAGGGAACAACGAGUGGGCUGCAUUGCUGAUAUCCUUGCUGCGGAAGCUCGUCGUGCUACACAUUGAACCGUUACGUCCAGAAAUCGUUCGCCGUGUCCUCUACCUUGCGGGCACGCGCCAACCUCCGUUUGACAAGAAGAAAGCGCUACAUAAGCUUGAGAAGAUCGCUUUCCUGCUGCUGGAGCAUGUGGAUCUGUGCCCGGACCAGGAUCUUUUCAUGUUUUUUUCUCUCCCGUCGAUACGCAGCAUCCACGUACGCGGACGCAUAGACCCCGCGCUCGAAAUCGAAGCCAAACCACCGCCUCGAACGAAGAUCGAGGAGAUUAGGCUCGAUUUGCAAUGGAGCGAGCCGUUUGGCCUCCCUGCAUACAUUCGCUCAUGCGAAAACCUGAAACGCUUUUCGUUCACCAACCAGUACAACCAAGAAGAACGCGCGCCUGACGACUGUGACUUUCGAACGGAAUUCUACGAGCCCCUACUGAGCCAGAAGCAUAACCUUGAGGUCCUGGACCUCAAUUACCGUGGGACCGCCUACGAUGAUCUCUACGACCUGCAGGAUGGCCAAGAGGAGCGCUUUCUGGCUCAUCACGUCGAUCCAGAUUACGACCGCUGGAUGGGCUCAUUCGCGGGCUUUGAAUGCCUUAAAGAACUUUCCAUCCGGGCUCCCAAUCUCCUGGACAUCAGGGUUGACCGUACGGCAGCCACCGAUAGCGCUCUUCGCACGGCCCUUAGCGAGUGCCUCCCACGGAGCCUUGAGUGUCUUUCCAUAUCCAUCACCGCGUCCGCGCAGCUCCGCGCUGUCUCGCAGGGACUUAUCGGUGUCUCAGAUGCGCGAUAUGAGAACGUGAGCCAGUUCCCGAAUCUGAGGAAGGUGACCGUGGCGUUCCAAACCGACGACGGGAGGGUGAAAUGCGACCCGAGGCAUGCUAGGGUGAUGGAGGGCUUGAAAUCCCACUUCCGCUCCGUUGACCUCGAGUUCGAGAUUAUCGCGUUGAAGAUCCCUGGGCGGUACCUCUCGUAUCAUAAGAUGGGAUCCAUUUAUGAUGUUCCCGAGGAGGAAGAUGAACGGUCCCCGGAAAUGUGGGACUCCGAUUGGGAACCCGACAUCAAUGAUGUUAUGACCGAGGAGUUCCUCGACUCUGUCAACUACGACUUUGACGCUUAUGUCGAUAUGUGCUGGGCGGAGAUCGAGCGUGUGCAUGGACCAUGA